CAACAACAACAACUGCAGAUCCAGGAACUACUCCCCCAGAUGGACCAAAUUGGGCAUUAAUUCUUGGUUUGUCUUUGGGCAUCGGUAUUCCUGUAUUACUUGCCAUCAUCGGUCUUGGAGUUUACUUUUAUAUGAAGAAGAAGAAGAGUAGUGGUGGUUCUGGUGAUGCGAUUGGUAUUCAACUGGAAGUAGUAGAUCCAUUCUACGAUCCAUUCGCCGUCAAUCCAAAUGAAUUCUAA